AUGGCGACCGGCAAGGGACCCAAGGAGGUACUGCAGGCCGCCGCGAACCUCGCCUCCGUAUCUGGCUUCAAGAAAUACACGGUACAACCGACAGGCAUCUGGGCAAGAAUCAACCAAUUCCUCGCCGUGGACCCCAAACGAUCCACUGGCGUACCUAUGAACCCGCACUACCGCAACCCCCCGCCCGCCGGCAACAAGCCACAAGACUACGACGACCCGACCACCGUGCCCGCCGCAGACAUUGCAGACAACCCAUACUGGAAACGCGAUGUGCGAAGAAACUACCCGAAGCUAUCAGUGGUGAACCAGCCGGAUGUGGUUGCGCUGUUGAGCGUGGGCUCGGCCGCGAAGCCGAAUGAAGAGGUGUUGCAGAUCGGAGAUGCGGGCAACAAGCAGUUGGUGGAGGUCAAGGAGGAGGGUGAGAGAGGGCUGAGUCAGUUUUUCGAGAAGCAGAAGGGCGCUUCAAAGGGGGUGCUUGCGGCGAAUGGCAUGCCUCCGAUGCCUCCAUCUCUGCAUCCUCAGGAUAAGCGGUAUACGGUCAUGGAUGAGCAGCCAUAUCCUGAUACCUACCCUUGCCGAACGUUCAUCUAG